CACAAAUGUUGUGGAAAUUUAUUUUAAUUUAUAAUUCCAAUCCUAGGCUAGGACCCCAUCUGAAGUGGAUAAUUGGGUUUAUGAAUUUAAUGGGUUUGCUUUGUUUUAUUGUUAAUUGUUGUAUAAUUUUUGUUGCUGAGCUGAGAGGGGCAAUUAUGUUCAAAUUUCAGUGCUUUGCUUAGGCCUUUGCUGAUCUCUGUCUGGUGGGGUUGGCUUUUCUUUUUAUUGUAGAAAAAGAAAGAAAAGCGUGUGUAUGGGCCAUGGCAAACUUUGAUUCAACCAGGGUUUCUUAUUCUUCACUUUCUAAGGUUGUUGAAAAGGAUAAUAAUAAUAAUAAUAAUGCCCAAUUCCACUAUGUUGAUGACUACACUGACUCUCCAUGGGACUCAAACUCAAAGUCCUCUCCACCGGAUCACGCGUUUUACAAGGAUGAUUUUGCUGUUGAUGGAGAAGAAGGAUAUGAUUCAAGCGAUGACACUCGUAAUUUGGUGCAACCUUAUAAUAAUAAUAAUAAUAAUAGCAUGCAUCAUCCUGAGGUUAACUUGAAGAAUGUGCUCAAUGGUAUAUUUGCCAUUGUGACUGGCCGGAGCAAACUUCCGAGUUUCAUUUCAAAUCAGCAGUCGCUACUCCCUACUUCAAAUGUUUCAUUUCUUGGGUCUGCAAAGGAUGGUGAUACCUUCUUGAACUCCUCCGUUUACAUACCUAGCGCCCCACCACUCCUUGAGCCCAGUGGAUCAAGUGGGGUUAAUUAUAGUGUUUACAAGGAUGUAUUGGAGGCUGAGCCUCCUGACUGGCUGCCGGAUAGUUCUACUACAGUUUGCAUGCAGUGCACUGCUCCUUUCACUGCACUUACUCGUGGCAGACAUCAUUGUCGGUUUUGUGGAGGAGUUUUCUGCAGAGUAUGUACCAAGGGGAGGUGUUUGUUACCUGUUAAGUUCAGGGAGAGGGAUCCCCAGAGGGUCUGUGAUGCCUGCUAUGAUAGGCUUGAUCCAUUACAGGGUGUUCUUAUUAACAGCAUCAGCAAUGCCGUGCAAGUAGCAAAGCAUGAUGUGAUAGAUUGGACUUGCACAAGAGGAUGGUUGAAUCUUCCACUUGGUUUGUCUAUGGAACAUGAGAUAUACAAGGCCUCCAAUACUUUGAGAAGCUAUUGCCAGGUUGCCAGGUUGAAUCCUGACAAGUCAAUACCCUUAGCAAUUUUGAAAGGAGCAAAAGUUCUGGCAAUUUUAACUGUAGCUAAAGCUGGUGUUCUUCUUGCUUACAAACUUGGCACAGGCUUGGUCAUUUCUCGAAGGUCAGAUGGAUCAUGGUCUGCCCCAUCGGCUAUAUUCUCUGUUGGUUUAGGAUGGGGUGCUCAGGUAGCAACAAAAUUGUCAUGUUACUUCUAG